CGGCCGAGACGGGGGUCAGGGAGGGGAUUGGGGCGCCCCCUCCCCAUCCUGGGGGCUUCCUACCCUCGAUCUGACAGUUCAGGUGGGGACAUCGGUUCCAGCGAUCGGGAUUUUUCGAGUAACCUGUGAAUGGAGCCCCAGAGUGCCUGCCCUCACCUGCCUGGGCCUCAACUUCCCCCCUUGCACAAUGGAGGUGACCAUCGCUGCCCUGCUGGCUACCAGCAGUGGCUGUGAGUGUGGUGGUGGAGGCGGCCUGUAGGAAGCCCUAGGGUGCUUUCACAGGCCCAGCCAUGGCGGGAGGGAGACCACACCUGAAAAGGAGCUUCUCCAUAAUCCCCUGCUUUGUCUUUGUGGAGUCAGUCCUGCUGGGCAUCGUGGUCCUGCUCGCUUACCGCCUGGAGUUCACGGACACCUUCCCAGUACACACGCAGGGCUUCUUCUGCUAUGACAGCACCUAUGCCAAGCCCUACCCAGGGCCCGAGGCCACCAGCCGAGCACCUCCCGCCCUCAUCUAUGCCCUGGUCACUGCUGGGCCCACCCUCACGAUCCUGCUGGGGGAGUUGGCGCGGGCCUUCUUUCCCACACCACCCUCAUCCAGCCCCGUCCUUGGGGAGAGCACCAUCAUUUCGGGGGCCUGCUGCCGUUUCAGCCCCCCACUGCGGAGGCUGGUCCGCUUCCUGGGAGUGUACGCCUUUGGCCUGUUCACCACGACCAUCUUUGCCAACGCGGGGCAGGUGGUGACUGGCAACCCUACGCCGCACUUCUUGUCCGUGUGCCGUCCCAACUACACGGCCCUGGGCUGCCCCCCGCCCUCUCCUGACCGGCCAGGGUCUGACCGCUUUGUCACCGACCAGGGAGCCUGUGCAGGGAGCCCCAGCCUGGUGGCCGCAGCACGCCGCGCCUUCCCCUGCAAGGAUGCGGCCCUCUGCGCCUAUGCGGUCACCUACACGGCGAUGUACGUAACCCUGGUGUUCCGCGUGAAGGGCUCCCGCCUGGUUAAGCCCUCCCUCUGCCUGGCUCUGCUGUGCCCCGCAUUCCUAGUGGGCGUGGUGCGUGUGGCCGAGUACCGCAACCACUGGUCCGAUGUGCUGGCUGGCUUCCUGACUGGGGCGGCCAUCGCCACCUUUCUGGUCACGUGUGUGGUGCACAAUUUCCAGAGCCGGCCCCCCUCUGGCCGAAGGCUCUCCCCCUGGGAGGACAUGGGCCCGGCGCCCACCAUGGAGAGCCCCCUCGAAAAGUUAAGUGUGCCCCAGGAACCCGAGGCCUGCAGGCCGCAUUCGACACCGGCACGGCUCACCCCAUCCAAGCCGCAGAACUGCGCCCGCCGUGGCCACCUGAUGCCCAGCUGCGUGUCCUCCAGGGCCCCGGCCAUGUGUUCGUCGCCCCGUGUGCCCCGCCCUCGGUUGAGGUCUGAGCCGACGCCCCUGCCCCUGCCCCUGCCCCUGCCCGCGCCCACCCCCAGCCAGGGCCCCUCGCCCUCCUCCCCUGGGCCUGGGGGUCCGGGGGGCGGCGGCGGGCGUGGCCGGAAGCUGCUGCUGCCCACGCCCCUGCUGCGGGACCUGUACACCCUCAGCGGACUCUAUCCCUCCCCCUUCCACCGGGACAACUUCAGCCCUUACCUGUUCGCCAGCCGCGACCACCUGCUGUGAGACCCCCACCCACCCGGAAUCGGCCCUUGUCCCCGUUACUCCCCUGCCGCGCGCGCGUGUGCCAUGUGAGUGCCAAAGCCCCCUGCCCCUAAACCUGCCAGGUCCGGACAGCAGGAGGUGGCUGGAAGGACGGCUGCGAGAACCGCAGAGCCGCGCCCUCCGGGACCUUCAGGGCUAGAACUGCAGGUGGGACCGUGCCCCUGGGAUUGGCCUUUUAAGGGCUACAACUUGACCCUAUUGGGCAAUGCCCAGCCAGUGAGAGUCUCCAGUUCCCAGAAUUCUCCCUCAAAAGGAGUUUAUUCCAACCAACCGGAGCCUCCCUCUCACUUCUUGGCGUCUUCAGGCAAUUGGGCAACUCGAGCCAGUGUUCGGUGUCUGACCCGCAAAUAGGAGGUCUGGCUUUCGGAAAGUCUAGAAUGGGUGGGUAUGAUUCCAGUCAAUGGGGGACCGCCCGAAUCUAGGCACGUGCGCACACAGGGGAACGGGGAGGGGUCGCCCUUUGUCACCAGGUCCUCACUCAGACUCUCCGAGUCCAGUUAGGGGCUGGAAGAAGGCUCCCCAAUAGCAAGGUCCUAGGGGUACCCAUUCCCUUCCACCGUGUACUCACAUCCAGUCCCUCCCAAUUCCCUACCUAAACAGGGCUUGCCCCAGUUGAGGUUUUGGGGUUCAGGGUGCUGUGUCUUCACUUGCCUGUGCCCAGGGCACUCCCCCAAACCCCUCCUUUUACUUAAUAGGGCUGCGGGGAAGGACUUUUUUUUUCUUGAAACCUGUCCCUCUUCACCUUGCCCACCUGCCCGGGCCUUACUCAGAUGUGCCAUCUUGGGGGUCAGAGGGGGCUCCCUCCCCUAAGCAGCCAAAGGCAGUGGGCAGAGGAGACACUGUCCCCCUUUCUGCCCACUCCUCAAGUUUAA